UGAACUCUAUUAAACUAUUUCAUUUUACGUUGCCACUAGUAGGGACACGAAGCAUUUUAAUUUGUUGUUCUGUUAUCGAAAACCCUGGUAGUUUGUUUGAUGUUGGGCUUUGUUUUCUAAAAUUAGAAAAUAUUCCCUGCAUUGAAAUCUUGUUGACGGCAGACAUUUAGCGAAUAAAGCUUAAAAACACACAAAGUUUGCAAACAAAAUCUAGGAGUAAAAUGGUUAUCAUAGUGAACAGUUUGCGGGGCCAACUAAUGUCGUUAGUGAAUUUUUCUGGAACCCACAAAGAACAAGCUGAUCGACAUAGGCAACUUUUGGAGGUUGUGUUAACAAAUUCAGGUGUCGAACUCGUAGACAUGUUAAAGCUAUUUGUGGAAGCGAUAGUCAAUGAGCAUGUCAGUCUAGUGAUAUCUCGCCAAAUAUUAAAUGAUGUGGUGGAAAAGGUUCAGCCACGUGUUAUAGCAUUUGAAGAGCAUGUAGCAGGCAUAUGCCAACAUUUAGGAGAGAUUUAAGAACGAAAUCAACAAUGGCGAGAAGUAGCAAUUGUGUUAGUGGGCAUACCUUUGGAGAGACAAGCCACAAGCAAUAUACCGUAUCAUACAAACUGGAGACUUAUUUGAAAAUUGCUCGUCGCUAUCUUAGAUGCAACACUUUUCAAUGUUUUUAUUUGAAGACGAUUUUUUCCCCGUCGGGAUAGAGAAACGGACAUUCUUAAAUCGAUUCAUAGUUUGACCUUGAGUUUCUCCAUAGCUUCAAUAAAACUAGAAUUUUGCCAGAGUCUCGAACAAAGGAUGAGUGAACUAAGCCAGUUAGCAGGGAUAUGUGGCACUUUGAGGAAGCUUCCACCAAGAUGGCUUAGAGUUAAAAGCUGAAACCAAUAAUGAAGAG